UGGCACACUGAGCAGUGUCGAAAGGUACUGAACGUGGACAAGAUCGAGGCAAACUUGGUGGGCAACAACCUUCAGCCAAAGAUGGUUCGUCUAGCCGCUUGCGAAUUGCUUGGUCGUGUGCUCAAGCCUGUGGCCUUGCGUCCGCUUUUGCAGGAUUCGGAGGCAGAUGUGAGAGCCGCCGCUGUGCGAAAUCUCACUCCUAUGGGAGACCAAGCAAGAACCCGAACCGUUGUACACCAAGAACUACUGGACGAAGAAACAUCAAGUACAACAUUAACUUCAAGUACGAGUACGAUUUCAAGCUCCAGUCAAGAAGAAGAUGAAACCAAACAGCAAGCGAGGAUCUUCAGCGAUUCGAGCAGUUCCUUGUUGUCAAUAAGCGAGCUGGUUCGCUUGGCUGACACCGCGGUUUGGACAGGGUCAGACGGCAAAGAUGCUCGCGAUGUCUUCUGCAAGGGAAAAAAUGAACAUCAACAAAGACAGAGGACGACAAGGCAUGUUAGAGGUCCUCGCAAAGGAGUAGAUACUGCAAAUAGCAUUUCGGAGGUCCACCGUCUCUCACCUGGUGGGACGGCACUGCUGUCAGCCGUAGUGAGCCAUCCUCUAUGUCCCUUGCCGCUGCUGCGGCAGGUACUUUCGCCAGACCACAGUGCUGCUCGAGAUACAAUCACAGCCAAAACUGCUACUGCUUCUUCAAUUUCCUAUUUACUGUAUCCAAGCCAGGAAGGCGGUAGUAACACAAGUGGCCCUAAGCAGCUUUUGCUGACUUUGAAAUGCUCAGGAGCUGCGGCUUCAUCGUCAUCUCCACAGAGAGACGACUGCUCGGCUCCAACUUUGGAGGCAUUCAUACCAGCAGAAGCGAAACUGGCGGCGUCCGUGGCUUUGGUGCUCAACUCUGAGCAAGAUCAGGACUUCGCCACUGUUUUCUCAUGGGUGAGAACUGCAAGGCCGGCAAUAACAUCUGCUUUCGUAGAGGAAGUUAGUCGUGCCGCGCUUUUGAAGAAGCGGGACGAUAAAGAUGAAACUGCAGGGGGAGCAAUCAAAACAAAGCGGAUUCGCAGUUUUUUGCGAAUGCUUUUGCGUCAUCAAAGGGUCAAUGUUUUUGAAUAUUCCCCAGCAUGAACUACGUUUCUUUGUCAAUUGAAACGCCUUUUACGUGCCUUUAGGGUGAUGUGAUUCUCAAUUGAAAAAUCGCGCACGCAAUUAUGAGGUGAUUUUUUUGAUGUACUCUAGAAAUACGGAGGACGAAAGCGUAAGCGACAACGGAUUG